CUACCUUCCUUUUUCCCACCUCUAGCCGGGCACGCCGUGUGUUCCUUUCCACCGCUUGGCAAAAUUCUUUUAUAAGUUUUCCCGGAAUUACUGACCCAACGAUCAUGUUUCCGCAACGCAGCUCGGAGGUCUACCGCACCCCGGAGUCCCACCGGCCUCCGCCGGCUCUGGAGCUGGCCCGGAAUCUCGAAUAUCCCAAUCUCAACGUUGCGGAUUUGAAUGCCCGCCUGGAGAACCUGUCGCCGCGACUCCACGACUGCUGGGACAGUAUUGCGAUCAAUGAGCACCACCACCUGGCACUGGCCACCAAUCGCCGCGAGGGACGCCACUGGUGGGGCAUGUUCUUCGGCUACGAGCGCAAGCAUAUGAACCACAUGAGCGUAGACAACGCGGAUUUCAAGCUUCAAGCGGAUCACACCGUCAAUCUGGUUCGCUACGCCGAGAAUGAUGUUCUGUUGGUCGCCCUGGGCAAUACGGGCCUCCAGGUCUGGUCCACCUACUCAAAGGUGCGGAACCCGAAGUCGCCCUAUUGCCUCUUCCUCGUCGGCGAGUCCUUCGCCCAUCCCACGCCCAUCAGUCAGCUGAGUGUCUUCAAGGCGGAUCCCAGGAAAGCCGUCUCCGCAUCGCUGGAUAGCACACUGAAUGUAUGGGAUCUUUCUGGAGCCGAUCUUGCGAGCUCGUACCAUUCCCGAAUUUCGCACACCGAUAAAUUGACCGGAUUGGCCACGCCGUCAUCCUCGGCCGACCAGUUUGUGACCUGUGAUCGAGGCGGAUGUGCGCGCCUCUGGGAUGUCCGUGCGGCAGCUCCUUCUUCCACGUGUCUCUACGCAGACUCAGCGCAUUUGUUGAGCUUCACCUGCGCUGCUUGGGCCGCUCCAACGGAGCUGCAGGGUGACAAUAACGUGUAUCUCGGAGACUACGAUGGAAAGGUUCACACUCUGGACAUCCGAGUGCCAGGAAAACUGGCAGAAACGAACGAGUAUUUUGACAAGGGAUAUGUCUCGCAACUGCUUAUAAAUGGGACUCAUCUGGCUGUCAUGAGCAAUCUUCCAGCCUCAGUAAAAGUGGUAAAUGUUCAGGAGGGUAACAAGGCCAUCUACUCACACGAGGACACACAUUUGCGCCUUACGGAUGCCAUUUGGACUGAUGAUAAAACCCUCGUCACCAUUGGACAUGGCCGCAAAAUGGUGACACAUUCAAUUAAGUGAUUUUGCUGCAGAUCCAGCACCUUUAUUAUUUUUGCAAUUACAUUAUUAAAUGAUUUACCGUAUACUUUAUACUUCUGACUGAGGUGCUGACUUUAGUUAAUACAACACUUUUUCUAUACAUAACUAUAAAUACGUGUAUAUAAGUAGAGGUUAAAACUGUAAAAUUAAAAGUCUUGACGUUCAAAAUACAAAUGUACAAACCAUUUUCUCAUA